UCUAUAUAAAUCUACAUUUGAACCAAUGUCUCAUACAAAUAAGCGUAGCUACUAAAGGAAACAAUAUGGCUUCCUCGGCUUUUAUCCCCACCUUCAAAUUUGUCCACUUCACUUAUUUUGUUUUAAUCUUGUUGCCUUUCUUGCUGGUGAAGGGGAGUGAUGCUUCUGAAACGACAGAUAGCGAUUUCCAUUCAGUUGAAGUCAGCUCCUUACUGUUAUCUCAAACCUGCAACUCAUCCACUUCGGCAGCUCCCACCGGAAAGUCAACGCUCCAAAUAGUUGACAGAAAUGGCGCCUGCUAUAACGGAGAAUCAACCAAAUUAACACUCCCUCAAAUCCUAAGCCACGACGAAGCUCGGGUGGCUUCAAUCCAGUCCCGCCACGCUUCUGUUUCGGAAACAAACGGAAUCGAAGACCGGAAAACCGCGAUCCCGGGUAAGCCCGGAACAAGCUACGGAACCGGCAAUUACAUCGUGACCGUUGGACUCGGCACCCCGAAGAGAUACUACAACCUUGUUUUCGAUACGGGAAGCGAUCUGACCUGGACACAAUGCCGGCCGUGUACGAGGUUUUGCUACCCGCAGAAUGAUCCCAUCUUCAAUCCUCGGUUAUCCUCAACUUAUUCCGGCAUCUCGUGUUCUUCACCGCAGUGUUCUCUGCUCGUUUAUGGAACCGGAAACCGGCCCGGCUGCUCAGGUUCGACUUGCGUCUACGGUAUCCAGUACGGAGACAAGUCAUCCUCAACCGGGUUCUUCGCUAAAGAAACGUUGUCGUUAGGCCGGGAUGUUUUACCCGGUUUUCUCUUCGGGUGCGGACAGGACAACCGCGGGUUAUUCGGAAGGACUGCCGGUUUAUUAGGCCUUGGUCGGAGCCAGAUUUCGUUGGUGUCCCAAACUGCCAGGAAAUACGGGAGAGUUUUUUCAUACUGCCUUCCCACUUGGUCCGGGGCAAAUGGAUAUCUAAGCUUCGGGAAACCGGUUACGGGAUUUCCAAGAACGGUUCAGUUCACUCCAUUUUCGGCUUCAAGACUGAACACACAUUAUUAUGCCGUGGAUCUCGUAGGCAUCAGCGUCGGAGGAAAACUAUUGCCCAUCAGCGCGACGGUGUUCCAGGCUGCCGGGAUGAUAGUUGACUCCGGCACGGUCAUAACGAGGUUACCUCCGGCGGCUUACUCUGCGUUGCGCAAUGCUUUUAGAGUACAGAUGAGGAGGUAUAAACUCGCGCCGGCGUUUUCCCUGUUGGAUACCUGUUAUGAUUUCGGGGGUCUGGCUUCUGUUGCUGUACCCAAAAUCAGCUUCAUUUUCAGGGGAAAUGCCGUUGUGAAUUUGGGUACUGGUAGCAUACUUGUGACUGCCAGUCAAACACAGGUUUGUUUGGCGUUUGCUGGAAAUAUAAGCCCUACUGAUCCGGGAAUUUUCGGUAAUGUACAGCAACAAACUAAGGAAGUGGUGUUUGAUGUUGCUGGUGGAAGAGUAGGAUUUGGACCCGGCAGAUGCUCUUAAGGCCUUUCACCAAAGGAUCGUACGUGUGGAUGAUCCAUCUCACUUAGCGUAAGAAAUCAAAUUAAAGAUAUUCUUGUAAGAUCAAGUGUUCACGCUGUAAAUGCGAAAUGGUUGAACGUUUAUACAUUGACCGAACCAGGAGACUAGCUGUGGCAGUCGCACCUUGUCGGACACAACCAUAUUUGUAAACUUUCCAGCAUUAGUUAGUCUCUCAAUGCAUCAAGCUUUAUUAUUAUUGUAUACAGUCAUACAAACUAUAAACUUUAAUGACUAAACAAAGGUUACACGGAAUGUCC